UCAUUUAUUUCCUGUGUCUCUGUAGAGUUUAGCUGAAGCCCUGAACCUCACUGUAAAAUCUCACUGAUGUCCCACACGGUUCAAGGAAAUUAAUCAGAGAAUCUUGUGUUUGUUAUUUGAUGUGUUUCAGUUGCAGUUUAAAAGCAAGUGUGUGUGUGUGUGUGUGUGUGUUAAUUUAAAUACGGUGAUGGGAUCCAUUAUGACAUCUAUUUGAAGUCCUAAUUGGACAUAAUUGCUCAUAAUAAUACUUCACUGAGUGCAUUAUAAAGAAUUUAUUAGGCAUCAGAACAAAUUUAUUGAUGCAAGGACCAUAAAAUACACACACACACACACACAUUGCAAUCCAUAUAUAUAUAUAUAUAUAUAUAUUUAUGAUUUUAUUCUGGCGCUAGGUAGUGAGGCGAGCACCAAAAUUAAGAAUGCGUGGGAAACGGAGUUAGGAGUACAGAUAAGUGAAGAGUGUUGGGAACAUGCUAUAGGGAGGAUACAGUCUACCAUCUCUUGUGCUCGUCUUGGACUUAUCCAGUUCAAAGUUUUACACAGAGUCCAUCUGUCCAAGUCGAGACUUUCUGUAAUGUAUCCGGACGUACCGGACAGGUGUGAUAAGUGUCAUGGCUCUCCCUGUCAUCUUGGCCAUAUGUUUUUCUUCUGCCGUGAUCUCUAUGGUUUUUGGUCUGGUUUCUUUACCAUCAUGUCCACUAUUCUCUGGGUAGAUAUAAAACCUUGUCCAUUGAUUGCUGUAUUUGGGAUUCCUGAUGUCUCAGUUCCAUUGAGCUCAAUACAAAAGGAUGUUAUUGCUUUCACAUCCCUUAUAGCAAGAUGUUCCCUACUGUAGCAUUGGAAGUCUGGUAAAUAUUCAUCUAUCUCUGUCAUGAUUUCCCCUUGAAGCAGCGUGCUCUAAGCGCGAAUGUGCGAGCACCUGCUUUUCCAUUGUUGACAGUAGUGACAUCUGGACACGUGUUUUGUUUGUUUCUGUCAAGUCUCCUCCCUGUUCUGUCAUUGGCUGGGAUUUCACGUGACGUGUGUCUGUAUUGCCCUCAGCUGCUAGCAGUUUAGAUGCUGAUCAUGUCCACAUAUAUACCGCGCGCCUCCCAGCACACAACGCGGAAGAUUAUCAUAGAGUUAGAUUAGUUCUUUUAGUAGUCAUAGUCACGUUCCAUGUUUAGAGUUAGUUCACGCUGGAUUAUCCGCUCCCAGUUCCUCGUCAUAGUUCAUGUUUCUCAUUUUGUUUGUGGACCCUGUUUUCCAUGACCACGGCCUUGGAUUCAUGUUUAACCCUGUGUAUGCCUGUUUGCCGAUCGCCUGACCUUCGCCUGUUUUGGAUUACGUUUUUGGACCACGUUUUGGAUUUGUCUGCCUGUCUCUCCUUUAAAAUAAACACUGUUCAUACUGCACUUGCAUCCGUCCUAUCUCCGCUUCGUCACAAUACGUGACAGAAUCUUCCGCCAAAACAUGGAUGCAGCUGGAGAACGGAGAAAACACAGAACCUGGAGGUCAACGCCAACUGUCCCCACUAUGGACUCAGUCCAAUUCCCACAAUGGACAUUUAUGGAGCUUCCUGAUCCAUUUGACGGAUUUUUCGGUGCCCCAGAAUAUUUUCUGGUAGACUGUAAAUUCUAGUUCUCCAGCCUGUUUGACCCUAAGCCAGAGGAGAAACAAUGGCUCCGAUUCAUGUGGUCCUGGUUCUUUGGACUGGAUAAGUUCUAUCCAACUGGAUAAGCACUGUAGGAACCUGGACAGUGUAGAACAGUUUGUGGGGGAGUUCAUGAUGUGGUUCGGGAGUCCGGAGGCGAGGGUCGAGCUAGAGCAACUUUUCGGGGGGGUAAGUCUGGCAGGCAAACCUGCCCUGCCGUUUACCCACUACCACAGGCAAACUCAUGCAGAGCCCCAGCCGGAGUUUAACCUGGCGCCCUCUGAGCUCGAACCUGAGACCCACGAGGUGGGCUCACCUGCCGAGCUCCAGCUAGAGGUCAACAGGGAGGCUCCAGCAUCAGAGCCCCAGCCGGAGGUUAACCUGGCGACCUCUGAGCUCGAACCUGAUACCCACGAGGUGGGCUCACCUGCCAAGCUCCAGCUAGAGGUCAACCCUGAGGUCGAAGUCCAAGUCAAGUCUGAAAUCCAAGUCAAGUCUCCAGUCUCUGAAGUCCAGUCUCCAGUCUCUGAAGUCCAAGUCAAGUCUCAAGUCUCUGAAAUCCAAGUCAAGUCUCAAGUCCCUGAUGUCAUGUCCAAGCCUGCUGAUCCAAUUGACCAAGUUCCGCUAAUAUCUAAGCCUAACAACCAAGUUCUGCUCACGCCCAAGUCUACUGAUACGGCCAACCAAGUUCUGCUCACGCCCAAGUCUACUGAUACGGCCAACCAAGUUCUGCUCAAGCCCAGGUCUACUGAUAUGGCCGACCAAGUUCUGCUCACGCCCAAGUCUAACAACACGGCCGACCACGUUCUGCUCAAGCCCGAGUCUACCGACCCGGUCACCCAGGUUCAGUCCACGCCCAAGUCUACCGACCCGGUCACCCAGGUUCAGUCCACGCCCAAGUCUACCGACCCGGUCGCCCAAGUUCAUCCCACGCCCAAGACUACCGACAUGACCACCCAAGUUCUGCCAAAGCCCAAGUCUGCUGACACGCACAGCCAAGUCCUGCUCACGCCCGAGUCUGCUGACACGCACAGCCAAGUUCUGCUCACGUCCGAGUCUGCUGACAUGGACAACCAAGCUCUGCUCACGUCCAUGUCUGCUGACACGGACAACCAAGCUCUGCUCACGUCCAUGUCUGCUGACAUGCACAACCAAGUGUCUGUUGAAACAAACAACCAAGCUCUGCUCAUGUUCCCGUCUGAUGACCCAACCAACCAAGUUAUGUUCACGCCCAAGUCAGCUGAUGGGGACAACCAAGCUCUGCUCACGUCCAUGUCUGUGGUCAUGGCUGUGGUCGUUGCUCAGCCUGCCUGCCCGGCUGUGGUUGUCGCUCCGCUUUCAUGCUCUGCCGAGGACUUCACUCAGCCUGCCUGCUCGGCUGUGGUCGUUGCUCUGCCUACCUGUUCAGCCGGGGACGUCGUUCCACUUUCAUGCUCCGCCGAGGACGUCGCUCAGCCUGUCUGCCCGGUUGUGGUCGUUACUCUGCCUCCCUGUUCAGCCAGGGACGUCGCUCCGCUUCCCUGCGCCGCCAAGAACACCGUGCGGUUUCCUGGCUCUGCUUGGGACAUUCAGCCCAGGGGGCCGGGGCCACCAAUGAAAUGGGAUGACUCAUGGCACUCCGAGAGAGGUGCCUUUGGACAGGGGUUCUGUCAUGAUUUCCUAUUGAAGCAGCGUGCUCUAAGCACGAAUGCGCGAGCACCUGCUUUUCCAUUGUUGACAGUAGUGACAUCUGGACACGUGUGUUUUGUUUGUUUCUGUCAUGUCUCCUCCCUGUUCUGUCAUUGGCUGGGAUUUUACAUGUGUCUGUAUUGCCCUCAGCUGCUAGCAGUUUAGAUGCUGAUCAUGUCCACAUAUACCGCGCGCCUCCCAGCACACAACGCGGAAGAUUAUCAUAGUUAGAUUAGUUCGUUUAGUAGUCAUUGUCACGUUCCAUGUUUAGAGUUAGUUCACGCUGGAUUAUCCGCUCCCAGUUCCUCGUCAUAGUUCAUGUUUCUCGUUUUGUUUAUGGACCCUGUUUUCCAUGACCACGGCCUUGAUUCAUGUUUAACCCUGUGUAUGUCUGUUUGCCGAUCGCCUGACCUUCGCCUGUUUUGGAUCACGUUUUUGGAUUACGUUUUUGAUUUGUCUGCCUGUCUCUCCUUUAAAAUAAACACUGUUCAUACUGCACUUGCAUCUGUCCUAUCUCCGCUUCGUCAUGAUAUGUGACAAUCUCCCAGUGGCUAAAGGAUGUGAUUUUUUUUUUAAACUCGAGAAAAUAAGAUGUAUGAUGAGGGGUUGCACUGACAAUUUUUUUUGUAAAUGGCAACCUUGUUAUCGGGGUAAAAAUGUUGAUUCUGUAUUGAUAUAUUGUGUUGUAUUCUGAAAAGUGUCUGAGAAUCAAUAAAAAAAAAUAGUUACAGCAAAAAAAAAAAAUGAAGUGGAAACUCCUCUGUUCUGAAGAUGUUGGAAACUUUACUUGUCUCAAAUAGUCUUUACUUUUUCCUCAGGAUUCUGCACAGCAUCCUGUUUUUAGGAAGAACACAUUCAAAGUACCGUGAAAAAGCCAUCUUUCAUCAUAUAGAAUUAUUAGGCACAGUGAAGGGAAAUUUCCCAAACGUAUUCGUGCAUUGCAAAACCCAUGUGGCUAUCCGGACACCGUUCUCCUUCCUGGAACUGCUCACAAAAUGCUACGGCCAUAAAGAAGAAGACCGUGUAAAGGAAAAGCUGUUAGAAAUAUUAAAAGGUUGCAAAAAAUCUGGUGGACGUUACACUCUGAUUUCCACCGUACUAGGUAUCUGUGAGAUCGGUGGGUCCAGAUACUAUGGAGGGUCUCUCUCUUGUGGAAAUCCCACUGCAAAAAAAUUCAUGACUGCUGUGUCCUGUAUGCGAGUUUGGCAUCUGAAGGUUGCCUCGGCCGUGAUGUCUGUGUUUCAGACGGCGCUGGAGAGAUACAUAGCAUUAAACUUCCAGAUACUGUAAAGUGCAGAGCGUAUGCAAUGGAGGACCUGGAGAAGCUGAAACCACCUUGCAAGACUUGUAAUAAGCUUUAUUCUCUGCGUGAUCACACAGACCAUUCAUAUCGCCCUGAGACCGAGGCGAUCAGUAAUCUUCUCAAAGAAGAAGAGAGUGUGUCUGAUCAGACCACCAUCUCUGGAGGUGUCUAUGAUCAGAAGGAGAUAAAAAAAAAAAAGAUGGAAGACUAUAUUGAGAGCUAUAUCAAAAAACAGGGUACCCCCUGGACAGGGUACCAAUUGUUUAAAAUGUGUGAUUGUCCAUAAUCUAGUCUUGGUUUCAUGUCCUGUUUCAGUUGCUUGCUUCGCAUCCAGUCUCGUGUUUAAGGAAAAGGAUGGCAUUUUUACAACAUAUAUCAAUUUGUAGAACGUAAUUUUAUUAUCUUGAAAUCCUGUGGAACUUUCAGGAAUGUUUUCUAAUAUUUCUGAGAAACACAAGCAUUAGUACUGUUGAUGAAAAAAAAACCCCUUGUAAUUUAUCUGUUUAUUGGAGUCCUCUGAUCAAUUUUUUUUUGUAAUUGUAAAGUUUUGUAAUUUGUUUGUUUUAAUUCUAUUAAAAACAUUGCAAUAUUACGACAGGGUUUCAAGGUUCACUGUGAGUUUAUCUGUAAUUGUAGUCAUUAUGCAAUUUAAAAACAA